CUCAGCCACGGCAAAAUCAAAGUUAUUGUAAGAAGUGCGCGCGCGCAUGUGUAUGCGUGCGCGAGGCGGUAGGAGAGGCUGGAGGCGGCGGAGACCGACAACAGCCGGGUAUUUUCUUUUUACGAAACAGUUAUUAUUCCUAUUUGAACCAACUCGGAGUCUUAAACCUGGAAAAAAGAAGCCCCUUUCCCCUCUCGCGCUCAGGGACCGCUAGAUGCUGCUGAUAACCGGCGUGUUCAUUAAAUUGUUCCGGUUCGUGUAAGGACCAGCGUAGCGGGCUCAAACCCCUUUAUGAAUAGUUUUCUUAUCCUUCUGUCGCUGUGGACUCCAGGGGAUUUUUUUCGAACCGAGAUGACGGAGAUCAGCGAAAAGGAGACCGAGCCUCGAAACCGGGACCUCAGUAGACAGGGUGCCGCUCCCAGGCAGCCAGAAUCUAAGCUGCAGCGUCUGAAGCGCUCCCUGUCCCUCAAGUCCGUCAUCCGCAGCAAGAGUGUGGACAACUUUUUCCAGCGCAGCAACGGUGAAGCUCGCCUACCCUCGGCCCUCAUCACCGCACCGCCACCUCCACCUCCACCAUCUCCUCCUCCUUUCUCUGAAUCUCCCCUGGGCUACCAGCGCUCUCCCUCUCUUUCUCCCUCUAUCAGUCCCAACCCUUCGCUGUCCUCACACUCCCCAUCCAUCAGUCCCUCACUCUCCAGAACCUCUAAGACCCAGCCAAAGUCUCAGGCCCAGCCAAUCAAGACCCACUGUUUCCAGGAGCAUGUCUUCCGUAGACCUACACCCUGCCAGCGAUGCAAACAUACAAUCCAAGGGAACUCCAAACAGGGUCUGCGAUGCAAUGCUUGUAAGCUGGCUGCACACCUUUGGUGCUCCUCUGAGCUCUCCCAGCAGGCCUGUAAUGGCAAGACAGGAGCUUUUAAAAGAAACUUCAGCUCUCCUUUGCUGACCAUUGAUACGCUGGGUGCAGUCAGAGAAGUUCCUGCUGCUCAGGAGACAGAAAAAGCCAUGGUUGACCCCAUCUAUGAAGCUCUGCGCUACGGAACAUCACUGGCGCAGAUGAGUCGCUCCAGCUUCGGUAGUAUCUCUGAAUCCCCCUGUCACGAGGCAGAAAACCUGCAGGAUAAACUAGAACACCAGCCUAUCGCUGAGGAGGAACACAUUCCAGGGAUGCUCACCCCACCUGAAAGUGAGAAGGCUGAUUCAGAAGAAAGGGUCAGCCUGAAGACUCCCAAGCGAGCAGCGGUUCACUCCAUUCACACCUACGUGGCCCUCUACAAGUUCCUACCUCAGGAGAAGAACGACCUGGAACUACAACCUGGUGACAGAAUUCAAGUCACAGAUGACUCCAAUGAAGACUGGUGGAAGGGUAAAAUCAGAGACAAAGUGGGAUAUUUCCCAGCCAACUUUGUUCAGAGGGUUCGCCCCGGCGAGCGGGUGUGGAAGGUCAUUACUGGUUUCCAUGGCAACCGGGACAAAGGCCAAAUGACUGUGAAAGAGAAUCAGAUUUGCGUGGGGAAAAAUGAGGAGACUGACGGCUUUCUUCGGCUGAGUAGCGGGAAGAAGAGAGGCCUGGUCCCUGUGAAGUAUCUGUUGGAAAUCUGACACCAGCACGCCUCUCCUUGACCCUCAUUUUGAACAAAAGUGAUGGAGAAAUUCUCAGGAGUGUUCAGCCAGCACCUCACUGACAAGCAACCGCCCAUCACCCCCUUUAACAGAUUGCUGCAAAUUGGCAGCUUGAGUGGAAGACCCCACAGUUUUGCUUUGGAAUGCAAACGGUACUGAUGAAGACAUGAGGGAGCUUGUUUGGAGCUGCUCUUCCGGUAGCACAGCUUCUAUUUGUGAGCUUUUCUCAACAGAAAUGUAGCAGUUACACUGAGAAGGAGAUGUGUGAAGGAACUCUGGCUACCUCACAAGGCAUCUCUGCUGAUCAUCUGCUCACGAAGGACGAGAGACUUUAUGUCAAGGCGUGUCCAAACUGUCUGUUCAGAGCAAACUGUCCUCAACUAUGUGUGUGUGUGUGUGCAUGUGUGAGAAGAGAAAACACAAUGAAACACAAGCUGUUGGCCGUCGUUACUUUAUCAAAACACUUUUUGUUUGAACAGACUUGAAUGAAUUUGAUUUGGCCAAGUCUAAGAACUGUUUCUGUCUUGUUCUGUCUGCUGAUUUCUGACAAUGUGCAGGUUUGUUGCUGUAAUUCAGAUUCAUGUAUUGCUUACUUGCUAUGAAAUGAUUCAGGUACCACAUUAUGUAAAAUCUCAAGCUGUCUGCUCUAUUUUGGUCCAACACACACACACACUAGCAGGGUUUUCUCCGGUGAUUAGAAAACGGUGCGUUUGUGCUCUUCACACCUUCUAGUGACAAAUACUUUGCAUGCACUUAGGGGAGUUGUUGGUUUGUCCUUCAGUCAGACUCUCCCUUUAUCGCUUCACUCACUGUAACUCAGAAGGUAUACAUCUAAUUUAUUUAAAUGAGCCAUCAGUCUCCUGUUCUACUACAACCAUCCUUUAUCGAUAUGUAAUGUCCUGUUGGGUUUAUGUAUGUGUCCUGUUCUGGGGAGCAGAACUACUCGAGCCACGUUCAGGUUCCUUGAGAGAAAUUUGGCGAUUGCUGUGAAAGUUUCAGUCUCUUGAAAACAAAAAUGUGAACAUCUUGACUAAUACGUGUGCAAAAUAAUAAUAAGUGGCAAAUGUACCUCACUGUCUUUGAUUAAUUGUUCUGUCAUUCAUAACAAGGCAAUGACAGUAAUGCCUCGGUAAGAACUGUAAAUAUGAACAUGACAGUUUGUAAAUAGCCUUAUUAAGAUCAUAUUUGAAUGGCUCUGAUAGCACUCUGACCCAGGAGGAGCCUAAAGAGGGCAUUAUUUAAAAUAUUCUCACCUGCAAUAGAUUAUCGUCCUAGCUAUCCACCGUAUGUAUGCAUCUCUCUGCUCAGUAAUCAUCUCACCCUGUCAGCACAAAUCUAACCCAAGACUAUGCACAACAGUUCUAGUCACUCACCCUGUUAGCUUAAAUCCAGUGUAGCUGUGCCUGUCUGUGUCACACGUUGCUUUUCCAAACUUUGAAUUGGGACUUUGAAAUUGCCAGCUGUCUUGUGUGAACUUCAUGCAACACAAUAUUAUCCUCACUGACUAGAACCAGGAUUGGCUCAGGAUGAGUAUUACUAGUUUCACCUAAUUGCACAUUACUAGGCUAGUUCUUAGCAUGGCUAGCUGUCCUGUGAUCCUCAUAUACUGUAUGUCAAUAAACUUGGAUGAACUCUCA